UGCUGAAGAUCACUUCUCAUGGUUCGAAGUCGAAGAACUUUCAUGAGAGUCCGAUGCCUGAGGAGGUCAAGACUAUCGUUAGAGAUUUUCAUCUUUUGGAGUUUGUUGAGUGCUCCCUGACCAUGUUGAACGCCUUUCUGUUAUCUGCUUUUGUUGAGAGGUGGCACCCAGAGAUAUCAUCUUUUCAUCUUUCAUUUGGAGAGAUGACUAUCACAUUAUAUGAUAUCGACCAGUUGUUUCACAUCCUGGUUGCUGGUACAUUAUUCACACCAGUAUACAUUAACCAGGUGACAACGAUGUGCAUGGUUGUGGAUGGUUUGGAGGUGUCUGAAGCGGACGUGCUACAGGAGUUUGGUGAGAUUCGGGGAUUUCAUCUUCAGAUGUCUUGGCUGAGGAAGUUGUAUGCCAGUCUUGUGGAGGUAUGUAGGUUUUGGGCUGCCGCUAGAGCGUACAUACUACAUCUGGUGACAUGUACUCUCUUUGCGGACAAGUAUGAAAUUUACAUUGAUAUUCGAUAUCUGUGUAUGUUUAACACUUGA